AUGAAUCUCUCUCACCUUAGAGAUCUUGAGGGACGAGAUCGGUCUGCAAAGCGGAUCCGAGCCGGAGAAUCCUUCCGUCUCCACGUCCGGCCAAAGCAGGAAUUCGUAGCGCUUCUAAUCCGGCGGAGAGAGGAGCAAGGAGACCCCUUUUUGCCUGAUCCGGAGCAGCAAGAGGCGGAGCAGAAGCAGCAGGAGCGCUACGAAUUCCUGCUUUGGCCGGACGUGGAGACGGAAGGAUUUUCCGGCUCGGAUCCGCUUUGCUCACCGAUCUCGUCCCUCAAGAUCUCUAAGCACUUGCCACGGUGCGGCUGCUUCUGGAGAAGGAGAGUGGUCCCUCUCAACAGGAGUGGAGCCAUGGCUGAGGAGAGGUACAGGAAGAGGAUCCGGAGUGAAGUCACCUGCUCCAUCUGCCUCAGUUACUUCACGCGUCCGGUGGAACUGGGCUGCAGGCACAACUUCUGUGAAAGCUGCAUCUUGAGGUGCUGGGAGGAGUCUGGUAAGAAAACCAGGUGCCCCGAGUGCAGAAAGGCUGUAAAAACAGACUACACGCGAAACAGGCUUCUCACAAAUAUGGUCGGAAUCAUCAGUGAGUGGGAUCAUUUUGAGGAGAGAGAUACUCAAAGGAGGCGCUCAGAAUGUCAGAGGCACCAGAAGACCCUGGACCUCUUUUGCCGGGAUGAUGAAGGCCCCUUUUGUGGGGAGUGUGACAUAUCCCAAGGGCACAGCGGCCACAGGGUGGUUCCUGUGGAAGAAGCCUUCCAAGACUACAAGGAUCAGCUCUGCGGGUUCCUGAAGACUCUGAAGAAGGAGGAGGCAGAAAUUCGGGCGAAAAAAACAUGGACAGGAGAUAAAAGUUUAUUCUUGGUUCCUGUUUUUCUUUCCACAUGUUUCUUCCAGAGAAAAGUAAUAUCAGCUAGGCAGAAGAUGAAGGGUGAGUUUAAGGAGCUACACUUGUUUUUGGAAAAAUGGGAAAACCAGCUGCUGAAGCAGAUGGAAGAGUUGGAGGAUGAGAUUGCGAGGAAAUCGAAUGAGCAGCUGGGCUGGCUCUCCAGAGAACUCGACUCUCUUCAAAAUAUCAUCCGGGAGCUGGAGGAGAAGCUUCAGCAGCCCCCCAGUGAAUUCCUGCAGGAUGUUAGAAGCACUUUGCAGAGGCAUGAGGGGAGACAGGCAUUUGAGCCUCCCAACAUUUUCCCUCUUGAAUUGGUGUGGAAAGUUUGGGACCUCCAUGAUAUAAAUCCAUUUCUGGAAGCUGUCGUAGAGCAGUUCAAAGGCACUCUAACAUCAGGACUCUCUCUGCAGAAAGCAAGUGUAACUCUGGACCCGGACACCGCUCAUCCCAACCUGAUCCUGUCUGAGGAUCGUCGAAGUGCGAGGUGGGGAGAGGCACAUCAAGAGCUGCCGGACAAUCCCGAGAGAUUCAGCGGACGUCCCUUCGUGCUGGGGUGUGAGGAGUUUACAGCAGGGAGGCACUACUGGGAAGUCACCAUAGGAACUGACGACAUCUGGGCUGUGGGGGUUGCCCGAAAGUCUGUGAGGAGAAAGGGCUUGGACAGCUUUUACCCUGGUGUAGGCAUCUGGGGAAUGGGGCAGACAGAUGGCAAGGGCAGGUCUACCCGCCGCUCUCUGCCGCCUCCUGCGCCAAAGCUGAGGAGGUUCCGGGCGACUGUUAACUAUGCAGGGCGCCAAAUUCUCUUUUUUGAUGCUGAUACAGGAGAAUUACUCAAUACCUUUGCAAACGCUGAAUUCUCUGGGGAGCCCCUUCUGCCCAUCUUUUGCAUGGGGCCAGAAACUUGCUUUGAACUGCCUCCGGUGACACACUAGUCUGGCCACCCCUCCAGAAAAGGAAGAGAAAUGUGUGGAAAAGUAACUUGCAGAUCGUUUCUUGAUUUUUUAAAAAAUCAAAGGAUUGUGUGCGCUUCUGUGUGUAGAUGGCAUUAAAGAGAUGACAAGUG